CGAGCAAUCGCAGAGCCCUCAGACUUUUAAUACAAGUUGGAAGUUCAGCUUUGGAACAAGGCAUCUAGCACAAGUUACUUGCUUCCGAGCCACACAACCCUCCAGACACUCAGUAGAAAUAUGCCGUCGGACAAAGUUUGUCCCAUUCCGAUGGAUAAGAUCUUGAGCUUCCGCCGGAACCCCGCGCCCGAGCAGCAGCUGAAUCAGCAAACCGACCAGAUGGAGGCCAUCCCCAACUUCUUGCCGGCCCAGUUGACCAGCAAUGACCUCCAAGGAGCUCCAGGGCGUGCCAAAGAUGGCUCUAAGGAGGUAAUACCGACCAGGGGUCGCAGGCUAACGGCCGGUGAGUCACUUCAGUCCGACAUGGACGGCUUGCCGCCGCCACGACGAUCGCCCGUGUCUCGAAGGAAUGUCGAUGACGAGCCGUCCACCACGAGUCAGUACAUGAACGUCAUAAAGGCCGCCCUGGCCGUGGUCACCGUCUGCGUGAUGCUCACCACGAUUCCGCUGUAUCGUCGCCAGCAGGCCAAGAAGGACGCCAACCAGAAGAGGAUCCUCUUGUGGAACGACGACUCGCUGGUUCGCGGUGCGGCAACCCACAUGGAAUGCGGCUGCAUCGUCACCAAUCGCAGGGAGCCAUCCGACAAGCAAAUCGACGCAGUGGUCUUCAACGCGGACUACCCAUACUCCAUGGAGGGGUUCCCACAACUCAAUCACACUUCCGACUAUCUGGUGGUGUUCUCGGCUCUGAAGCCCCUCAACAAGGUCGAAAAUCCACUGCGCAACGGCCUGAAUCCGCCCUUUAAUCUCACAAUGACAUAUCGCCGGGACUCGCACCUGGUCUGGUCGGACUACUACUUCUCGCACAGCCACAUGGCCAAGCGGCUGCGAGGAUUCCGUCCCCGCAAAAACUUCUCCGUGGAUGACUUCUCACUGGAGACGGCACGGCGCUUGGAGGCGGUGCUGAACGCGAAGAAGGAGCUGGCAGUGUACCUGAUGUACGAGGUGAACGACGACUCCCUGCCGGAGAGCCUCUACUUGGAGCAGAUGCGCAAGUACGCCGAACUCGAGGCCCAGAGCAUCUGUGUGGGCAGCAAUGACUGCAGUGGAUACUUCUUCUGGCUAGUUUUCGAAACUAGUGCCUGCCCAGACUACGUGCCAACCCAAAUGUACAUGGCCAUGGAGAAGCUGAUAGUCCCCGUCGUGAUCGGAAGUGGCAACCUCACCAACCUGGUGCCGGAAGGCUCCUACAUCCGUGGCAGUGACUUUGACUCGCCCAAGGAGCUGGUCGACUACCUAAAGGACCUCUCGACCAAGCCGCACGAGUACAUAGCCUACUUCUGGUGGCACUCGCUCUACAAGGUCCGAGCCAUCGCCCAGCCCUACUGCGCUCUCUGCCACUUCCUCCAGACGCCCCCGAAGGAGCGUCAGCUGAAGAAGGAGGGCACGGAUCUUGGGUUCAUCCAUUGGUGGACCGAGUACCAGUGUCCAGUCAAGUACACCACUUUCCUUUAGGAAUUCUCCGAUCACCAUCCUGUUUCUCCCACCAACCUGUCUCAAUUAUAAUUACCAAAUUGCCCUCGUUGGGUGCGAUUUCGUUAAGUUGA